AUGGAGCGAUUAAUCAACUCCCAACGAGACAUCUACGGGCGCAUCGCCCGCACAGUAGAGAAUCUCCGCAAAACCGGCACAGCCAAGAUCUUGCUCUCCCUCAUUCACUCUACGCUGUCUGUCCUGGAGGGCAAGUGGGCCAAAUUCCAAGUGCAGCAGUACCGCCUGCAAGCAGAGUUCGGUGAGGAGUUUGAUAGGAGCACGUACAAUACGGAGGACUUCCUGAGUACCGUCGAAACGGCCUACAUCCAGCAGAGAACCAAGCUUCUAGAGUACGAGCAGAAGCUCGAUGAAGCGAAGGUUCUCGAUGGCUCGAAGUCCAAAGCGGGGCAUGCGACUUUUCGCAAUGUAUUGCCCCGAAUCCAGAUGCCGGAGUUUUCGGAAAAAUUCGAAGACUGGCCUGCCUUCCGAGAUUUGUUCUCCUCCAUGUUAGUGAAUGAAGACACUCUGUCGGAGGUCGAAAAGUUUCAUUAUUUAAAGACAAGCGUGAAAGGGGAUGCUGAGCAAUUGAUCAAAAGUUUACCUUCAACGGAUGAGAACUUCGAGCGCGCCUGGUCGACCCUCAAUGACCACUUCGAAAAUAAGAGACUGUUGGUGAGAUCUUUCCUUGCAGCAUUUACCUCACUUCCGAAGAUGAAAGGUGAGUUUGUCUCCGAUCUCCGACGCAUCUUCCACGGGGUGGUCUCCACCGUCGGCGCAUUGGAGGGUAUAGGGCGACCGAUCACGAACGGCACGGACCUCUUUGUGCACUUGGUCGUGGAACUCCUCGACUCCAAAACCCGCCGCGAGUGGAAGAGCUCGCUCGGGAAACCGUUGUGCCACCGUCUUACGAGGAGCUCCGCAACUUCCUGCAGGAGCAGCUGA